AUGAUGAUGGACGCCGUCGCGGCCGGCACGAGCAACGGCGGAUCCGGGGCCGAUGGGGACGCCGCCAGGCGGAACAACACCAGGAUGCCCAAGUAUUCCAAGUUCACGCAGCAAGAGCUGCCGGCCUGCAAGCCGAUCCUUACUCCAAAAUGGGUUGUCUCGGUGUUUUUCCUUGUCGGCGUCGUCUUUGUCCCAGUUGGUGUCGUUUCGCUACUAGCCGCACAAGAUGUUGUUGAGAUCAUUGAUCGGUAUGAUCAUGCAUGUGUCCCACCUAACAUGACUGAUAACAAGCUUGCGUACAUCCAGAAUGAGACUAUACCCAAAGACUGCACAAGGACUCUCACGGUUACAAAGGAGAUGAAACAGCCAAUUUAUGUGUACUACCAGCUUGAUAACUUCUAUCAGAAUCAUAGGAGGUAUGUGAAGAGCCGAAAUGAUGCACAGCUAAGAGAUUACAAGAAGUCAAAUACGACAACCUCAUGUGACCCUGAGAGGUUCACGGCUGAUGGAAAACCAAUUGUUCCUUGUGGUCUGAUUGCUUGGAGUUUGUUUAAUGACACAUAUAGCUUCACUCGUGGUAAAGACAACUUGACAGUAGACAAGAAGGACAUCUCCUGGAAAAGUGAUAGGGAGCACAAAUUUGCCAACAAUGUCUACCCAAGCAACUUCCAGAAUGGUGCGCUCAUAGGUGGAAAGAAGCUUAACUCAAGUAUCCCGCUGAGCGAACAGGAGGAUCUUAUUGUUUGGAUGCGGACUGCAGCGCUUCCUACAUUCAGAAAGUUAUAUGGGAGGAUAUACGUUGAUCUCAAGGCGAAUGAUACCAUAAUAGUGAGGCUGAGUAACAACUACAAUACAUAUAGCUUCGGUGGCAAGAAGAAGUUGGUCCUUUCCACUGCAACCUGGCUGGGAGGAAAGAAUGAUUUUCUUGGAUUUGCGUACCUUAUAGUUGGUGGACUCUGUAUUUUCUUGGCAUUUGCAUUCACCUUGCUAUACUUGAUAAAGCCAAGGAAACUGGGAGAUCACAACUACCUGUCCUGGAACAGGCACCCCGCAGGUCGCUAA